AUGACUACAUUACAGGAACACCUAAAUCAAAAGUAUCUAACUAGGGAGGAUAAGGAGAAAGUGAUAGCAAUUGAUUUAAACAUUAGGGGAGAAAUUACCGAAAAAUUGGAUGGGGGAGAAUUGGACUUAAGAGAAUAUUCUAAUCUAAAAUACUUAGUUCUUACCUAUUGUAAAGAUAUUUUAAAAACUCCUUUAACGAAAAUAGAUGUUGGUGGUUUAGUUAAAUUAAGAAAUUUUGAUUGUGUUGGUAAUCAAAUAAAUUCUAUAAAUUUGAGUGGUUGUGCUAAUCUAUUUUUACUCUAUUGUGACAACAACAAUCUAACCUCUGUAGACUUUUUAAAUCAAUUGCCUAAUCCUGAAAAAUUAGAACUCCUAACCCUUCACGACAAUAAUGUUCAAACAACCGACAUAUCAAUACUCGGCAGAUUUAUUAAUUUAAAAGUUUUAAGAAUAGGAAGUGUAAGAGGCGAAAAGUCUAAUCGCUUCUGCGGUUCAUUUGAAGGUUGGAGAAAUUUACAUAAGUUAGAAAAAUUUUGUAUCGAAGAUACUGAUAUUGAUUGUGGUUUAGAGUAUCUAUUUAGUGAUAAAAACUAUCGUCCUGCUUUAACUUGCACACCCCAUAAUCCUUCUGCUAGAUGUCGAAUUAUUCAAGAUCAAUUAAGACCUUAUAAUUAUGAUUCUGAACCUGAUAAAAUUAAGAGAAUUAAACGAUUAGAACAAAAAAUUGACAACUUAAACUUAAUCAAAAAACUCAUAGAGGAAAGAACUGUUUUCGAAGAUUCUUUAAAAGCUGGAGUUCGUUGGUAUGACAAAUUUAAGGUAGAUAAAGCAACUCAAACCGACCUAACUAGUGAACAAGUAAAAACUGCCUUAGAACAUAAAGAAGAUGGGAAAAACUAUUGCUUAAACUGUAAAUUGAUAGUUAGUGGUAUAGAUCCAAAAGAUCUUGAGCCAGUUAGUCAAGAAGAAUUUGAUGAGGCACUGAAAAAGGUCGCCAAAUCCCCACCAAUAAAACUUAAAGAUCUAAAAGAAGAGCUGAAAAAAGAAAGAGAAAAGAAGCGAAAAAGCAAUGGUUCAGAUGCUGGAGUCCACAUGGAUUCUGAAGAUGCUUCGGGUCAUUUUCUCUCCAAAGUAAUUAAAGCCUAUGAAGAUGCUAUUGCCAAAUAUAAGAGAGGUAGCAGGAAAAAAGAAGAUAAAGAAGCAAUAGAACUAGCAGAAACUCAACCACUAAAUAUCACUGAGGAUAUUCAAUCUCCAGUAGAAAGAGUUAGUAGUGUUGUUGUUUUGGACAAUGUUGAGGAAACAAGAAAUGAAGUUAAAACUGCAGAGAUUGGUAAUGAUAGUAAUAAUAUUAUCAUAGAAAUUAAAGAGGAUAUUAACGUUAUUGAAAUAGAGGAAGAGAUAACUAAGGAUGAAGAAAAAGACUGA